GGCGGGGACGAUCUCAGGGCGACGGUGACGUGCCCACGGUGAGGAGGUUACCUCCCCCCCCCAUUCACCCCGCCCCCGGGAUAAGCAACAACAACAACAGAAGCAGCGGCAGCAGCAGCGAUGUCUGACUUUUCGGAAGACCAAGUCGCCGACUUCAAAGAGGCAUUCUCACUCUUUGACCGGACUGGAGAAAUGAAGAUCUCUUACAGCCAGUGUGGGGAGGUAAUGAGAGCCCUUGGCCAAAACCCCACCAAUGCAGAGGUGCUCAAAUUGCUGGGCAACCCUAAGCCUGCAGAAAUGAAUGUGAAGAUGCUGGAGUUUGAGCAAUUUCUACCCAUGCUGCAGACUGUCUCAAAGUCCAAAGACCAAGGCACAUUUGAGGAUUUUGUGGAGGGUCUGCGAGUGUUUGACAAGGAGGGCAAUGGCACCGUGAUGGGAGCUGAAUUGCGUCAUGUGCUUUGCACACUCGGGGAGAGGAUGUCAGAGGAAGAGGUGGAGCUGCUGUUGGUUGGGCAAGAGGAUACCAAUGGCCUUAUCAAUUAUGAAGAUUUUAUUAGACACAUCAUGUCUGCCUGAGAAGCCCAUUAUGACUUGGUCAAGAAUGUGCUAAACGGUUGAGGGACCAUCGAGACUGAUGUCAUCAGAUGACCCAUCUUCAUUCUCCUGCUCCAUGAUAUCCCCUUAGUAUUAUGGCAAAUGUAAUACGCAUUUUAUACAGUGUGCUUGCUGCUAUAAAACAAGCACCUUUAUACAAAAAGUAUCUAAUCUCAUCAUUCCCGAUGUAAACUACAUUCCCUUAUAAACUCAUUUUCCAUAUGAUGUAUAAGUACGUCAUAUCAAUAGUAUUUUUGGGUUAGCUGUGUGGAGGUGAAGUCCAAUGUGAACGCAGGCUUUCGUUCAUAGUUUCAUAGUUUCAUUUAUUUGGUAUAGCCCUGUGAGUCAUUCGGCUCUUGAAUCGGGUGCAACCGCAACAAACAAAAAAACUAAAACAUGAACAAGAAAACAUCUUAAAAGUUACUUUGUGCAUGUGCAGUGUGUGCACGAUGUUUUAAUGUUAAUUUUAACCUAUAAAUAAGGAAAUAACUCAACGCGUUUGUCAAUAACACCGCCAUAAAAUAAAAAAGUAGGCAGCGUUUCAAGAAUUGUCCUCCAUAGCACAUAAAUACGGGGUUGUCAGAAAAGUCUGCCAUUUAAAGUUGCAAUUUCUAUUGCCUGUGACCCAAUCUGACCCAUCUGACGACUGGCAAAUUCAUCGGCAAGAGGUCUAUUCUGGUUUGUAAUGAACUUUGGCCACAUAAGUGGGACUGUUUGUACCUGUACUAAUUAACCACACAGCUGACCCAAAUACUGUAAUGGUAUGACUGAGUACAGCCGUGAAAGCCUAAAACUUAAAUCGGUAAAUCAUGUUGCAACUUUAGUGUUGCCUAUGUAUCGUGUAUGUUUUUUUGUUAUGCAUAAUUCAACAUUUGGAGAGAAAAAAAUUGCAUGUUUUUUUGGUGUCUUUAUGGCUACCUGUCCUUGUACACUUGUCCGCAUUCUUAAAAUAUAUAACUUGUUUUAUUUCAGUAAUCCAUUUCUUGGUUAUAUUAAAAUAAAAUUCACAAAUAGCAAA